AUGGCCCUAUCAGCAUGGCUUCGCCAAGAGCUGUCUGCGGCGGCGCACCCGCUGCUGUGGCAGCCGGACCUGGACCAUGGAUUUCUGCAUCGCCUGGACGUGCCAAGUUCAGGGCUGAUUCUUUGCGGUGCAACCUUCUCCGGAAUGCUUACCCUUCGCUGGCAGUUAGAUACGUACCAGCUGGAGCGACAGUACGUGGUCGUCUGUCACAACCUGGUUCCUGCUGAGCUGAAGGAGGUCGUCGCCUACAUCGGCCCCGGAAGCCUUUACUCGCGCAAAAGCUUUGCCGGAGAGGGCGGCAAACCUGCCAGCUCCCAAUUGGUCGCCUUGAGCCACGCCUCGGGCGUUUGCGGCAGCUACGGGGUACUUGCAAUCAGGAUCCGCACCGGCCGCCGACAUCAAAUACGAGCGCAUCUCCUCUUCAAGGACCAUGCAACUGCAACUGAUGCCAAAUACGCGGCAAAGACGGCACUGGUACGAGGGUUGUGA